AUGGCACUUUUUAUUGGAAGGCUAGCCUUAGACACCCACCCGCGAGAUCUCGAACACAUCUUUGAUAAAUAUGGGCGGCUAAAUCGUUUAGAAGUCAAGAGAGGUUACGCCUUUGUCGAAUAUCAGGACGAAAGAGAUGCCUCUGAUGCUAUGAAGGAGACUGACGGUCUGCGAGUGCGCGGGAAUAGAAUUGUUGUAGAAUGGGCAAAAAAUGGUGGAAAAAAGCCGGGCCAUUGGGCAAAGGACUGCCGUUCAUCAUCUCGUAGGGAUAGACGUAGGAGCCGGAGUCCAAGAAGAAGGUCUCGCUCUCGUUCUCGUUCACCAAGGCGAUCGGUAACACCAAGAAGGGAUCGUGAUCGUGACAGUAGAGAUCGUGAUGAUCGAUAUUAUAGAAGAUACUCUGACGAAGAAAGAAGUGAAAGGCGACAUAGCGGUGACCGAAGACUUUCCCGCAGUUCUGAAAGAUCCUCCAGUGAUCGUGGUCACGGUUAA